GCUCGUCAAGCGUUAGAGCGGAAGUGUCCUUCCUUUCUCCUGAACGCGAAAAAUACAAGGAGCUACAAGAUGUCGAUGAAGAAGAGCGGGAUCCAGGCACUAACAGCAUCCAGACGAAGAAGUCCACUGCAGUCGCUUCUGCACUUGUUUCCGACGAAAUCCUUGCCUCCAUGUUGCGAUCCAGUGUUUCUCUCGCUUCUGCUGAGUCGCAAGUCAUCGCUGAACGGGAAGACCUGGAACUUGAGGUUUACACGGAAAGCAGCUGGCGCUUGUGCUCUUCAGGAGCUUACCCCGAAGAAGUAGAAGUUGGGAUUCUUGCUGGCGGUAGGCUUGGUUUACUUUCACGAGAGGCUGGAGCAGUGACCACGAUCGCAUACGCGCAGUGCUUGCAGGUUAGUAAGGAAGAGAUUCUAGGAGCAGGGCUGG